GAUGGAGGGCCCCCACCAAGCGUCCCGCCUACUACACUACUUCUCGCAGUCACAACAGAACUACUCGGGCUACAUGUACCCAGGGCCAGCCCCGGGCUACCCGCCGCACACCUACGACUACCACGACUACAUGAACGGCGCCGAGGGCUACUACCCGGCCCACUACGACCCUCAAGGCUACACGCACGACCACCACCACCCUGCCUUCUCCCACCCGGCCUUCAGCAGUCCGAGGAGUGACGUAAGCGGGGAAGGCGGUGGACCAGCAGGAGCCCAGGAGCAGGGGGAGCCGGAUCUGGGUCAGUGGUUGGAGGAGGAGGAGGAGGGGGGGCCAGCAGGAGGAGGCGCCGCCGGAGUCAUAGCCAGCAACAGCAGCAACAGCAGCAACGGCAACGGCGCCGGGAGCAGCACCGGCGAGGGGGUCGCCGUCCCCCCACAUGGCGAGGCCGAGGUGUUCGACGACGUGGACCGCUCGGAGUUCGACCGGUACCUGAAGGGCCCGGAGAGGGUGUCCGCCGUGGCCACCACCUUCACCUACACGCCACCUGCAAACACAAGGUACCUGCAGGUGGGCGGAGGGCAGUACCAGGACUCCCAGUUCACGGCUCUCAUCAAGGAGGAACCCGAGGAUUACAGCAUCACCUCGGAGGCAACGAAGUCUACGGACGCCUCCUGCCACUCUCCGGACGCCGCCAAGCCGGACACCAACACGUCCAGCCUUCUGUCCGCGCUGGCCGACGUCCGGGAACUGUACUACGAGCAUUCCUAA